AGAUUGCGAAGUUUGCGCGGGCGCAGAGCAAGAACCGGAUGUGUACGUUUGUCCAUCAUACGUAAUAGAAUUCUGCGAUUUCUUUCUACUUUUUUGCUUUCUUGGAAUAGUUACGGCUUACGACGUUGGUUUUUACGAUUUUCGGAGAAACUGUCACAUCGGAGAUCUUUCUCGUGAGUUGAUCGGAAGGAAUCGGUUCUCGAAGCUGAGCGGAUUCGUUCGUUCGUCCUCGGUUCGACCGAUGUGGAGACUCCACGCGAGUCUCUCCGACAAAUCGCUCGAAAAUGCAGAUGCAGGAGGCCGAGGGUGCAGACGGAUCCCCAUGGAAUAAUUCCAGUGGCUGCGAUGACGAACGUAAGCCAGCCCCAAAGGAGGGUAAAAAGUCAAAUGUGUUGCCAUUAUGGGGCAAUGAACGGACUAUGAACUUGAAUCCUUUGAUUCUCACCAACAUACAGUCGUCACAUUAUUUCAAGGUGAAUCUAUAUGAGCUCAAGACUUAUCAUGAGGUGAUCGACGAGAUCUAUUAUAAGGUCUCUCACCUAGAACCAUGGGAGAAAGGCAGCAGAAAGACCGCGGGUCAAACCGGCAUGUGUGGAGGCCGGUUCAUGCAGGUACGAGGCGUGGGAGCUGGCGGAAUUGUUUCCACGGCGUAUUGUCUGCUGUACAAACUCUUCACGCUGAGGCUAACCAGGAAACAGCUGAAUGGACUUAUUAAUCAUCCAGACUCGCCCUACAUACGCGCUCUAGGAUUCAUGUAUAUUAGAUACACACAGCCACCGGCAGACUUGUUCAGCUGGUACAGCGACUACCUGGAGGACGAGGAGGAACUAGACGUAAAGGCGGGCGGCGGGCAGACGAUGAAAAUGGGCGACAUUCUUAAACAGUUCCUUACCAAACUCGAAUGGUUCUCCACGUUGUUUCCGCGGAUACCGGUACCCAUUCAGAAGGACUUGGAGCUACGACUGGCCGAGCGUUUUCCGCAGCAGCAAGUAAACGCGCGAAACGCUAAACCGCCGAUCACUCUUAAUAGUCACGGCAAAUACGGUAACAAGGAUGGCCGUAAGGACAACGGUAAUUUGACGACGCGUAACCAGCAACCCCGACAUAUCCCUGACAGCGAGACUCAGUGGGGCGAGGCCGAGCGUAUGAGCCAGUGGCGUGCCAGAAACGAUGAGGAUCGUAAGGACAAGAAUAGAGAGCGCGAUCGAGAGCGCGAGAGGUUGCGAGAGCGUGAUAGAGGAGAAAGAGUUCGCGAUCGAGAUCGCGAAAGAGACAGGUAUAGCAAAAGGUCCAGUAGUCGUGAUAGAAACAGAAGACAAAAGGAUCAUAGAAGCCGUAGCAGAGACAGGUCGUAUAGAGAUCGAAGCAGGGACUGCCAUCGUGACAGAGAUCGACAUCGGGAUAGAAGAGGCUCGCCGUACGACUACGCUACAGAAUUGGCACGCGAACGUGAGAGGCAACGAAGGGAAAAGGAAUGAGGAACGAUUACACAUUGUGUACAUAUUUAAUUAUUUCUACGAAUUAUGUAACUGUGAGAGCAUUAAGGAAAAAAAAGCGACAGUAGCUACCAAGCCAAGUCACCGGCACCAUCACUACGAUCACUAUCUCUAUUAUUGGCAUGUACACUAUGGCAUGCGGUCACGGGUGAAUGUUUUUUGACGGAAUCGAAAUGGAAGGUGGAACAUAAGAUUAAGUUUAACUCUAUAUUCACAUGUAGUUUACAUGUUUUUAUAAAAUAAACUCAUCACUGUCA